AUGUUUGGAUUUGGUCAGAUAUAUGUCAUUGUGAUACUCAUAUUGCAGCCAUCAAAAUAUGGCGUGGAUCAAAUUUUCUGUUCUCCAAAAAAAAAUCUCCUGGGACAACUUUGGCUAUCAGUUUUGGUUUUACCCGUCGAGUUUAUCCUGACUGUCCAGCGAAAUAAGAUCCCACAGUGUACGGUGAAGUAUCCUGCUUAUAAGAAAAUGGAAGCUUCUUAAAAGUGCACCAAAAUCCCAAACUUUUAAGAUUGGCACCUAUAGUAGUGUGCCUGGCCUAAGUUGGUUUAAUAUCCAGAAGAACAUAUCUUGUAAAUAUCUUAAUACCAAUGGGGAGUUUACAAUGGGGUUUUAAAAUUUUCUGGUUUAUGCUAAUGAUAUCCAUAUUGCUUAUCUUUUUGCAAACUGCUGAAUCUAGAGCAGGAGGUGGUGGCGGUAGCAGUGGAGGUAGCAGUAGAAGUAGCAGCAGAAGAAGUCGCUCUUACUCAAGUAGCUAUCACAGCUCAAAUAAUAAUAAUGAUAAUUCGGAUGAAGCAUCCACUCUUGACUAUUGCAUUACAAUCGGAACUUUCUUAUUAUUUGCUAUUUUUGCUAUAUUGGGAUAUUUCUUCUCAAUUGACAAGAAGGUUGAGAAAAAGCACAAUGAAAUAACUAAACAAUUAUACGAUGAGUCUAUUAAAGAAUCUAUAUGAGAUGAAAAAGACUUAAUUUUAAAUGUUAAUCAAUCAUUUAUUGAUUUGCAAAAAGCAUGAUCUGAGCAGGACUUGAACUUUAUUGAAGGAAAAUUAUGUCACAACUUAUUUAUUAAAUGGAGAGAUAUCUUAAAUGAUAUGAGAUAUCGAAAUGAAAGCAACGUAGUCAGUAAUGUGGUAGUUAAUAAAAUAAGAUUUGUCAAGCUAGAUAAAUCAGAAAAGAUUUUCACAGUUUUUAUUGAUGCUAAAGUUAAAGACGUUACUGUGAAUUUAAGCUCAGGGAAAAUUUUGAAAGAUCAAAGUGGUAGGUUCAGAGAGUUUUGGACUUAUAUAUGGAAUAUUGAUGGAUGGCUUCUAAUGGAAAUUAGUCAAGAAAAUGAGAGCUCAAAAUUCCUUUAA